GGACCUACACCGAGACACCCACACACUUUUAGCCGCAGUUGCUUUGCGGUCACACGGCCAUGGCCUCCAUCACCUGCCGGCUCCAGUACCUGGAGGACUCGGAUCCGUUUAUCUGCACAAACUUCCCCGAACCUCGGAGACCUCCGACGCUGAACGUGGAGGAGAACCUGCCGCUCAGUGAGCAGAUCGCCGGGAUACACAAGCUGCUGGAGGCGCCGCUGAAGUUGGAGGAGUGCACCCUUCAGUUGUCUCCUAAUGGAAACUACCUGGACCUGGACUCGUCUCUGGCCGAGCAGAGGGACGAGCUGGAGAGCUUCUACGAAGACGUGGCAAAGGGGAAGAAGCCGAUCCUGAUCCUGAGGACUCAGCUCUCCGUCCGGGUUCACUCCAUCCUGGAGAAGCUGUACAACUCUCAUGGUCCAGAGCUCAGACGCUCUCUGUUCUCCCUCAAACAGCUGUUCCAGGAUGAUAAAGACCUGGUUCCAGAGUUCGUGGCAUCUGAAGGUUUGACAUGCUUCAUUAAAGUUGGAGCCGAGGCCGACCACAACUACCAGAACUACAUCUUGAGAGCUCUCAGUCAGAUCAUGCUGUUUGUAGACGGUAUGAACGGGGUGAUAAACCACAAUGAGACGGUGCAGUGGCUCUACACACUGACAGGAAGUCUGUCUCGUCUGGUGGUGAAGACGUCUCUGAAGCUGCUCAUCGUCUUCGUGGAAUAUUCAGAGUCAAACAGUCCUCGACUCAUCAACGCCGUCAACACGGUGGACGGACAGAGAGGUGUGAAGCCGUGGAGUUAUGUGAUGGAGGUCCUGGAGGAGAGAAACGGCUCCGACACAGAGCUGCUCAUGUUCGCCAUGACGCUCAUCAACAAGACUCUGGCAGCGCUCCCUGACCAGGACUCGUUCUACGAUGUGACAGACAGUCUGGAGCAGCUGGGGAUGGAGACCAUCAUCCACAAACACAUGAACUACAAGGGGACGGAGCCGGACCUGAGGGCCCAGUUCACCAUCUACGAGACAGCUCUGAAGUACGAGGACGGGGAGGUGGACGACUCCGGCCCCCAGCUGCGCAAAGAGAGGAGGAAGACGGCGGCGAGUGACCAGGAGGGAAGGAGGAGCCGCCGCUCGUCCAGUCAGAACCUCCCUGACCUCCUGUCGUCCUCCGCAGGCUCCUCCCCCUCCACCUCCCCCACGCCCCCUGCCUUCCUCGCCAACACCCCCCUCUCCCCGGCCAUCUCCUCGGCCUCCUCCCACAGCCCCACAGUGGGGCUCGGCAGCAGGGCCUCAUCCCCGUUGACCUCUGACCCCGGCAGUCCUGCCUUCAGUCCGUCCGGAUCUCCCCUGCCCCCCCCCACACCGCCCAACGGUACCUCAACGACAGAGCAGGACACGAAGACGCCAUCCAGCCCGAGUCGCUCUUUCCUCAGUCACCACAUGUCGGCUCUGGGUCUGAGCAGGAAAUCCAGGCUCUUCUCCAAAACCAGUUCCAUCUCUGAGGAGCCCUCCGCCUCCUGCAGCUCGCCCUCGUCUGAUCCCUCUCUCCAGGAGAAGUCGUCCCAGUUGAACCCGGAGCAGCCGAGCAACAAGUCUGAGACAAAAUCCACUUUCAACUCAGGGGAGGCUGACAGUCCCUUGUGCCCUGAUGACUGUAAUGUAAAUCAGGACAAGCCGGUUCUGAAGAGGUUUCAAGGCACCUUUCUGCGCAGCCUGGCAGCCACUCAGUGGGAGAAGAAGAGAAGGAGCAAACACCUCAGCCAGUCCAGGCUGUCCUCGUCUGAUGACAUCAUAGCCCCGAGCCCGCAGCCGGCAGCGGAGGAGGGCGGGGCCGUCCGGGCUGCAGAGCCGUCACGUCACGCCUCCGGCAGCUCGGACCCCAACGGACACUCAGACUCCCGCCAUGACCCCACAGUGUCUGUGCAGCGCCAGUGCAGCACUCUGUCCAACGACAAGAAGUUCCUGCUGGACAUGCUCUACUCCAAGACGGCUGCCUCAGUGCCUCUGAGCCCAACAGCUGCCGCUCCAGACACCACAGAAGAAGAAGGUGGGGCAGAUCCGGGUCGUCGGGGUCGUGUGCUGGAGCGUCUGUCCAGCUUCAGAGCGUGCUCAGUAGAGUCCUCCAGCUCCAGUGAGAGCAGCGCCUCCCGCAGGGCGGAGCUGGAGGGACUGGAGGGCUCCGCCCAGGCAGCGCUGGCCCGACUGGCUGAAGAGCAACAGAGUCGUCACCUGCGGCAGCAGAGCAGCAUCGACGUGGAGACUCACGCCCGCCGUCUGGAGACCACCCAGAUGACCCCUCUGGGCCCCGGGGGUCCGGCCGACGCCUGGGACCAGCUGCAGCCGAGCGCCGCCGCCCUGCGCAUCAAAGACCUGGACUUCUCCGACCUGCUGGACGAGGAGGACAUCGACGUCUUGGACAUGGACACUUUCGACUCCUCCUCCUCCUGCAGCCUCUCUGGCAUCCCUCCCCCUCCUCCCCCUCCCCCAGGCCUGGGUGCUCCUCCUCCUCCCCCUCCCCCUCCCCCGCCACCAGGGGGUCUGUGUCCUCCCCCACCUCCUCCCCCUCCACCAGGCGCUCCGCCUCCUCCUCCUCUUCCCUCGUCCUCGGCAGGGGCGGCGGCGUUCUCUCAGAAGAAGAAGAAGACGGUGAAGUUGUUCUGGAAGGAGCUGAAGCAGGCAGACCGACCUCAGAAGUGUCGCUUCGGUCGGGGGACGGUGUGGGCGUCUCUGGACAAGGUUGCCGUGGAUACCGCCCGACUGGAACACCUGUUUGAGUCGAAAGCCAAGGAACUCCCUGUCGCCAAGAAAGGACCUGAGACCAAAAAGUCUGAGAUUCUGGUUCUGGACCCGAAGAGAAGCAACGCCAUCAACAUCGGGAUGACCGUCCUGCCGGCAGUCCACGUCAUCAAGACCGCCAUCCUCAACUUCGACGAGUUUGCCAUCAGCAAGGAGGGGAUAGAGAAGAUCCUGACCAUGACCCCCACAGAGGAGGAGAAGCAGAAGAUCCAGGAGGCUCAGCUGGCCAAUCCCGACGUCCCUCUGGGCACCGCAGAGCAGUUCCUGUUCAGCCUGGCCUCCAUCAGCGCCCUGACCCCCCGCCUGCAGCUCUGGGCCUUCAAACUGAACUACGAGGCUCUGGAGAAGGAGAUCGCUGAGCCGCUGUUCGACCUGAAGCUGGGGAUGGAGCAGCUUGCGUCCAAUCAGACCUUCAGGAGGAUCCUCGCCACGCUGCUCGCCAUCGGCAACUUCCUCAACAGCUCCAAUGCUAAAGGCUUUGAGCUGGGUUACCUGGAGAAGGUGGUGGAGGUGAAGGACACGGUUCACCGUCAGUCUCUGCUGCAUCACACCUGCAGCCUAAUGGUGGAAAAUUACCCAGAAUGCUCUGACGUGUACUCUGAGAUUCCCGCCAUCACCCGCUCGGCCAAAGUGGACUUUGAGCUGCUCUCAGAGAACCUGGUCCAGCUGGAGAGACGCUGCAAAGCAUCAUGGGACAAUCUGAAGGUGGUGGCCAAACAUGAAACCAAGGCGGUGCUGAAGAACAAGAUGACGGACUUUCUGAAGGACUGCACCCAGAGGAUCAUCAUCCUGAAGGUGGUGCACAGGAGGGUCAUCAACAGGUUCCACUCCUUCCUGCUGUUCCUGGGUCAGCCGUCCUCCUCGGUCAGAGACAUCAAAGUCACCAGCUUCUGUCGCAUCAUCAGCGAGUUCGCUCUCGAGUAUCGCACGACCAGAGAGCGAGUCCUCACCCUCAAACGGAAACGAGCCGCUCACAGAGAGAGAACCAAGACCAGGGGCAAGAUGAUCACCGAGACGGAGAAGUUUUCGGGGGCGGUGCCUCGUCAGGACAGUCCCUCCCCUGUCUCCCUGGCAGCGGAGGCGGAGCCUGGUCAGGAGGAGGAGCAUGAGAACAUGAAGAACCUGCUGAUCAGCAGCAGCAACAGUCUGAACACCGACACCAGAGGUCUGAGACGCUCCAGAGCCGUCCGCAGUAUGGGCAGGGUGAGUCCGUCUCAGAUAUCUGUGGCCAAAGACGACGGGACCACUUCCCAGGACGACGCCACGGACGAGAUCAUGGACCGGUUGGUCAAAUCCGUUACCCAGAAUCCAACUGACAGAGCAUCCAGUCCCAAGACCCGGAAACGGUCCAGACUCAACAGGAAGUCAUUGAGGAGGACUCUGAAGAGCGGUCUCAGUGUGGACGUGGUUCAGGCUCUGGGUCUCAACAAGUCAGAAGACAAAGUCUGAGCAGAGACUCGAUCGAUCGAUCGAUCAGUCUAUUGAUUAGAGACAGAACCCAGACCAGCUGAGCGACAGGAGGAGCAGAUUCUUCCUGUGUUUGGAUCAUGGACCUGAUUCAGACUUUAUUCUCUCCACUGUUCAAACAUGUUUGAAGAAAUUCUCCGUCACAUUUUUAACUCGCAUCAGAAUCAGAGACGAUCAGUUUCAAACAGGAACGUCAGAAGAGCCCGUCCUGGAAAAUAAAGUCCUUCCAGUUUGGAGCCUUGAGAUAAAACUGUCUGUGAUGUUAAUAAAGUUUUCAAGGUGAAGACUGAACUUUCAUUUCAACAGGUGACCUGGUCACAACGAUGGACAUUUAGACUGAGACGAGUCUGAACAUGAUGAACCUGCUCUGUCACCACUUAGCCUGCAUGGACAGGUCCUUGAAAGUCCUUGAGGAGUUUGGAAAGUCAGGGUGAAUGUUUCAUGUCACAGUGUCACAAACUAAAAUUAAAAUCACACAGAAAUCACUAAUGUGGUACAAAGGUCACCUGUCACUGCUUCAGCACGGUGUGUGUGUGUGUGUGUGUGUGUGUGUGUGUGUGUGUGUGUGUGUGUGUGUUCCUCUGAGCACAGAUCUCUGUACAGUUGUGAUGUUUUUGCACUUUGAGAUGUGUUUGGUUUCGGUCCAGGUGUUCUCUCUGACCUCUGACCUCAGGUCAGUGUGUGGGACUCUUCUUCACUGUCGACACAGACUCUGUUUUAACUUAAACAUUUUACAGAAAUAUUAAAUAGGAUUGAAUGUG